AUGUCAUCUGAGGCGUCCUGUUCAGGCUUUGAACCUCAAAUAUAUCUACGUGAACGCUGCAAGAACUGUUUCAGUUUACGUUCAAAGCAUGACGUGAAAAAUGACACCGAAAGGACGGCCAUUAUCAGUAAUAACACUGAUAACAAUUCUACCAAUCAGAAACAACAACAAGAAUCUCUUGUUACUUUAAAUACAACAAAAGAACGAAGUCGAGAAAAGCGACGUUCCUGGCGUGAUAAAACAACAACUGUACCGGAUAACGGUGCUCCGGAACAUGUUACUGAAGGUACUGAAGACGAUACAACAUCAUAUACAUCAUAUAAAUCAGCUAAUUCAAAGGAUAUUUCAACUGAAAAAUCACCUGAAAGUAUAUCAGAUACAAAAAGUAUGAUUACAGCAAUUUCUGAAAGUAUUCAAGAUGAUGAUCGAGCAAUUACACCUGUGGAAAAUGAUAUGAAUUUUGAUACAACAAUGAUGAAAGCAGAAAUAGCACAUCUGAGAGAAGAAGUAAUUAAAUUAAAAGAAGAACGACAAAAAUGGACAAUACGAAAAGAAAAAUGUCAAAACUCAAAUGAUGAAUCGCUGGUUGAAAUGCUGGAAGAGAGAUUAGCGGAAGCAGAAAAUUGCAUUCAAGAUUAUCGUGAUGAAAAUACCGUACUAAAAUGUGAACUUCGAGAAUUACAAGAAUGUGAAAGCUCAAAUGAUAAUCGUAAUGAAAUGAACGUAAAAUUGGCGGAAAAAUUGAAAGCUUCGGAAUCAUUAUGUGAUGAAUUAAUGGAAGAGAAUGAAUCAUUAAAAGCUGAUAUUAAGGAUUUGCAGCAAGAAAUUGAAGAAAUGCAAGAUCAAUAUCGCGAGGAGGAAAUUGAAGAAUUUCGUGAACUUCAACGUGAAUUGGAGCAAAACGCAAAGAAUUGUCGAAUAUUACAAUUUAAACUUCGAAAAUCUGAACGCAUGCGUGAAGAAGUUGACGCUAAAAAGCAACAUCUUGAAGCUAAAGUGAAAGAUCUCCUGGAAGCUUCAUCUGCAACCGGUAAUGGAUUACAGACAACCGGAAAGCAAUUAGAUGCAAUACGAAUAAAAGAAUUAGAAUCAGAGCUAAGAAUUGCUAAAGAAGUUUCUGUUAGAUUGCAUAAUGAACUUGAAAAUGCUGAAGAGAAGCGAUAUAAAUUAGAGGACGAAGUUUUUUAUAUGAAAGAUAAAAUUCGUGAAUUACAAACGCAAAAUAAAUGGAGAGAAGCACGAAAUCGAGCAGAACUACAAACAAAAAGAAGUACUACUGAUGUAUCGAAUAAUUCAAUUAAUUCUAAUAACAGUAAAGAAAUACAUGAUAUAUUAGAACGUGAAGCAGAUUUGAGAGAUCAGUUAAAGUUUGCUGAAGAAGAUUUGCGCCGAACACAACUUAGAUUACAAGAUGUUGAAAAUGAGAAUGAAGAAUUAUUAAGGAAGUUAUCAAGAUUGAAGACAGUUAAAAGACCACCAAUGAUACGAUCAUUCAGUGAAGGUCAUGCACAAAUGCAAUUGGAAUUGGCUGAACAUGAAAUGGAGCAUUUGUCAACCAAAGUAGAACGUUUGGAAAAGAAAAAUAUUCAUCUUUCAAAGAAGUAA